GCUUUGGUGCGGAUACGAAGCUUACAGGGCACAGGAGGAGGGCAAGAUGAUCUUCAUCGCAAGAGCUUCCAACCUAAAGCAGCUUGGAGCUGCCCUGGCAUCUACGAUCUUGGCAGGGCUUCUGGGCAUACCGAUCGGCGCAUGCACGAAGCCUUUGAAACAAGACUGGCCCGAAGCGCUUCUAUGCCUUGUUGCAAUAACUGUCGCUGCUGCCAGUGCCACGAGCAGCAGCAACUGUUGUCGGAUGUUCUGCAACAGGCUGGGUGCCUUCCUGUGUGGGUUCAUGAUCCCUUUUUGGCAUACUCUUGGAAUCACGGCGAUGAUCAGCGAAGCCUUUGGUAAAGUUUCUUUGGCCUUUCUGGCGCAAAUCGUUGUCGUUGUGACCAGCAUGUGCUUCUUCUUUUUGCUUGAAACUGAUCGUGUCAGCGACCAGAUCACGAGGUUGGAGGCACUCCAGCUCUGUCGUGGUUUCGAAGGCUCUAUUACACAAGCUGCAUGUUCAGAGGCGGCGGACAAAGCGCGAAUCUUCCAGGAGAUUGGCGAGAAGACCGAUGCUGUGGACCAUGCAAUCUCUGUCCUGUUAGCGGCCGGGAUGUCAUCGCCAACGCUUACCCAAGUAGCUCGCGCCGGCAUCGACAUUCAGAGCGCGGGCCAUGCCGAGAUCGCACUUCCGUUUGCGGCCCUUAUGACCGGGUUCUUUGCCUUGGCGAGAGUAUGCUUUCAGAUGGUGUACCUGCACAAGGUCUUUUUUGCUUGGAUCCAAAUUCUUUCUGCGGGCGCUCGGCUUGCUCUAGUCUUCGUUCUUUGGAUGAGCUCGAAAGAUGAAAGGUGCUUUGUGUUGAAGAUGAUGGCAAAGCUUGUCGCCCUCGAUCUUCUCAUUCUUGGUCCUUGCAUGGUUCUCUGGGAGGUGAAGCCUUCAGGAGGAUCCCCGCACGUCUUUUGGUUUGCUGCACCAUUGGUUGUUCACACAAUCAUGCUUGCGCUUGCAUGUCUUGGGAUGCGCCAACUUGUUUCGCUACGCUGCGGUCGCUGCUUGCUGCAAAUCUUCCUUGCACGAGGCGUCAGCUCUUUCGCUGGCAUAUUCACCAUUCGCCGCUCUCACAAGGAGUCGGAGACAGAGGGCGACACAGAGACUUCCACAGAGUAA